GUCACAUGAUCACGUUGGGAGACAAGCAGGAAGUCAUGGGUUGUGUACGGUGACAGAAGAGGAACAGAUCCCUUAAUCUCCGUUUUCGACGAUGUCUCUUUACAAAAACAGCUCGUUUUGGGUUCUGUUAAUGUUAAUAUAUAUCUAUACCCUCGUGUCUAGUGGCGAAGUAAACGUCCUCGCGACAGAUUCAACGGACAAGAUGAGACAAACUCCGUCUUUCAGCCCUGCUCCUGCGGCUGCUGUUGUCAUGGGCGACUCGCCAGCGUUUAAACCCGGCGUGGAGGCUCUAUUCUCCCUCAAUCUUCUCUCGUCCUUCCCAGAAGACCUGGAGAUCAGCAAAUACUGCAGCGAGCUGCUCCUGAUAUUCGGACAGAGAUACGUCGCCUACGUAAACUGCCUGGUGACUGCCGCGCGGCCCGUUCAGGUUUGCCAGAAGUGUUACUCCAGCUACGGAAGCCUCGUUGACACCUACGCGAACAUCUCGUCAGACCAGAUGGGUGCCGGUGAUAAUGACAGCUGCCGGGACAGCCUCCUGCGUAGUGACCGGCUGAUGCUGGUUUACCUGCUGUACAGCAACAUGCAGGAGCUUUGGGCAAAGUCGGACUGUGACAAGUGUAUCACUAAAGGAUUCCAGAGCCCAACCAAUGACACGCUGUACUUCAUGAACACUCACAACCAAACCGUCACCUGCUUUAAUAAGUAUCAACAGGGGAACUACACCGAGCUGUGCAAAGACUGUAAGAGCUCAUACAAAAGCCUGAAUGAGCUGUACAGCAGAAUGGAGACCAAUCAGACCAUGUGUAUUGACAUAGAGGAUACGAUGAAUAUGACUCGCAGACUGUGGAGUAGGAAAUACAAUUGUUCCUUCCCCCGCGAGGAGACGGUGCCUGUCAUCGCCGUGUCCAGCUUCAUGCUCUUUCUGCCCAUCAUCUUCUACUUGAGCAGCUUCCUUCACUCUGAACAAAAGAAACGCAAGCUCAUACACCCCAAAAGGGCAAAGUCAUACGCCAGUCUGGUGAACAUUCAGAGCAAACUGAGCUGAAGAGGAGACCGGUGAUAAAGACUAAACUGAAGGACAACGCUUGCAUUAGAAGUUACACCACGGGAGAAGAUUGGACUCCUCAUCAUCUUGUGCCGGAUGUUUGAACGUAGCAGACUCAACAACAGCAUCUUGUUUUUGUUCGGAGGACUUCAAGAAGCACGAUAUGAGGAUUAAAGGCUUUGGACACUUUUUUUUUUGUGCAUACAUGUGCUUUCACUUUCUCAAAAAACUCUUCACAACAUGUAAUAAAAUGUCAGGCCUGCAUACAAAAUAUCUUUAAAACCCAGCAGAAGAAAUUAAUGACACUUACCGCCAUUAUUUGUGAUGAGCUUUCAUUUGUGAUUUUAUUUUUUAGGGGGCUAAUAAUAUAACUAAUCAGAUUAUUCUUCAUGUUGCUGCACAGAUGCACCGUCCUCUCCUUCCUUUCAACUCGUUAACAAUCUUCACGUUUUUCAGUGCAUCCCGUAGCCUGGUGCACGCACACACACACACACACACACACACACACAGGUAUCACCACAAAAAGUGAGUGGCUUGUGCGUGCGUGUGUGAGCUCUACUUAUGGGUUGAAAAAAUGGGUUUUCUGUCUCUAAUGUAUGUCCAGAAGAGAGCUGCAGAAAAGGAAGCACUUGAUGUCCAUUAGUGGUGACAUGGAUCUGCUGUAAGAAGAGUGGGGGUGCACAUCAGUGGGGCAGGGGGAUAAAGACAUUACACACAUAAUGUAAGCACACUCCAGAGUACCACACUGGGAUGUUACCUGUUUUCCAGUCAGUUUAUUUUUUUAUGGCUGCCUGAAGCUUUUAAUGUGCUUUGUUGUCGUUUUCCACAGAUGUUUAACUUAAUUUGUUAAGAGGCUUCUGACUGCUCAUGAGAGCAAAGUCUAAUUUAUGUCUCCUGAGUGUUGAAUUGAAUUCUCCUAUUAAAAAUGCUUUUGCUGUGUAGUAAUGUAAACAUUCAUUUUGAAUGCAUAAGCCUAAAUAAAUACUUUUACGCCAGAA